AGGCUUCCCCGAAAACGACAAGGGGAGUAUGGCGAUUGGCUGCUGCGGCUAGUCACGUCACGACACCACGUUGGGACAGCGGCGCGGCGAUUGGCUGUAACGUGCCGUGCCUAGAAUGGCCGGGGCGGGGCCGGGCUCUGGUUAGCUGGAGGAGUGUGAAACCGCGUGUUAAUGUAACCAGUUGUGGAGAGACAAGGGCGGGCCGAAACGUCUGUGUCCCGCGAGCGGAGGAUCCCGCAUAGCCGCUGCCAGCUGCCAGUCUCCGCCGGUGCUCGCGUCCCAUCACACCCAGAGCCCGUACGGUGCGGGCUACGCGGUUGUGUGCUGCGCCCCGGUGUGCUGGGAGAAGUUUGCGCGGCAGGUCUGCCUGGCUCCGGUGCUGUGUGGCCGGGGAGGCGGAGGAGGGGCCGCCGGAGCUCAGCGCUGUUAUUGUGUCUCUUCUGCCUGUUUGCCGGCGCCGGCCGCGCAGGAUCUGUGCCCCCAUCUGCCGCCUCUAUCUGGAUGUGUACGGAUCGCUCCCGGGGCUGCAGUCACCCAGCCCCCACCCGUGUGCGCCGUCCCUCCCUUCCUCCUUUCGAGCAUGAGUCCCCGGGGCCGCUGCUGCUGAUGCCCCAUCUGCUGGCUGGGGGUGAGCCGCUCUGAGCACCGGGCACACCGCCUCUGUGAUCUACCUGCCCCGCAUUUCCAGGGCCACUCCCGUCUCCUGCCUCCGGAACUUACCCGGGAAACUUUGCUAGGAACGUCAGCCCGUGCGCGGAGCAGCGGAUCCCCGGGGAGCGAUCGGGAGCGCCCGGGGUGCUGUCUCCUUGUUCUCUGCAGACAAAGGACGCCCAGGAGAAAGGAGGAGGAGGCGGCGGCAGGAUGCUGGGCGGCUCAGCAUAGUAUCUCCGGCUCCCAGCUGUAGGGGCCCUUCUCUGCAUAUUGGGGCCCUCACGCUCUCACUGUCAUUUGGAGUUUAUAAAGUCGUCGAGAAUUGAGCUGCAAAGGGUCAAAGCGGCGGCCGGGAGAGCCAUGUUUCCCCAGAGCAGACACCCGACGCCGCAUCAGGCCGCAGGCCAGGCAUUUAAAUUCACCAUCCCAGAAUCCUUGGACCGGAUUAAGGAAGAAUUUCAGUUUCUGCAAGCUCAGUAUCACAGCCUUAAGUUGGAAUGUGAAAAACUGGCAAGUGAAAAAACAGAGAUGCAGAGGCAUUACGUAAUGUAUUAUGAGAUGUCUUAUGGACUGAACAUUGAAAUGCACAAACAGACCGAAAUUGCCAAGAGACUAAACACAAUUUGUGCACAAGUCAUCCCAUUUCUUUCUCAGGAAUAUUUGAAUGUUUCUUUUCACCUACAGCAUCAACAACAGGUAGCUCAAGCCGUAGAGCGAGCCAAACAAGUGACAAUGGCAGAGCUGAAUGCCAUCAUCGGGGUACGUGGCCUUCCAGGUCUACCUCCUACACAGCAGCAGUUACAAGCUCAACAUUUGUCCCACAGUCAUGGACCACCAGUGCCUCUAACUCCACAUCCAUCAGGCCUUCAGCCAACUGGUAUUCCAUCCCUGGGAAGCAGCGCAGGUCUUCUUGCCCUUUCAAAUGCUCUUGGUGGGCAGUCUCACCUCGCUCUAAAAGAUGACAAGAAACAUCAUGAUACAGACCACCACAGAGAAAGAGAACCAGGAACAAGCAAUUCUCUGUUGGUUUCUGACGGUCUACGAGCAUCAGACAAACGGAGGAAUGGACCAGAAUAUUGUAAUGAUCUCAAAAAGAGAAAGGUGGAUGAUAAAGAUUCAAGCCACUAUGAUAGUGAUGGCGACAAAAGCGAUGAUAACUUGGUUGUAGAUGUUUCCAAUGAGGAUCCAUCAUCGCCAAGAGCCAGUCCAGCUCACUCACCCCGUGAAAACGGUAUUGAUAAAAGCAGGUUAAUGAAGAAGGAUGCUUCUAGCAGUCCAGCUUCUACAGCGUCUUCAGGGAGUUCAACAUCGCUGAAAUCAAAAGAAAUGAGUUUGCAUGAAAAAGCCAGCACGCCUGUUCUGAAAUCAAGCACGCCAACUCCUCGCGGUGAUGUACCGACUCCCGGCACAAGUGCUACGUCAGGUCUGCGCACAGGACUUGGCAAGCCUCCUUCCAUGGACCCUCUGGUUAACCAAGCUGUAGCUGCUGGAUUGAGGACACCACUAGCAGUUCCUGGCCCCUAUGCUACUCCCUUUGGAAUGGUACCUCAUGCUGGUAUGAAUGGUGAACUAACCAGUCCAGGAGCUGCAUAUGCAAGUUUACAUAAUAUGUCCCCACAGAUGAGUGCUGCCGCUGCUGCAGCUGCUGUUGUGGCAUAUGGACGUUCCCCAAUGGUUGGGUUUGAUCCUCCACCUCAUAUGAGAGUACCUGGAAUGCCUCCAAACCUAGCUGGAAUACCUGGCGGAAAGCCGGCUUAUUCCUUUCAUGUUACUGCAGACGGCCAGAUGCAGCCUGUACCUUUCCCUCCUGACGCACUGAUUGGCCCAGGAAUCCCUCGGCACGCACGGCAGAUAAACACUCUAAAUCACGGAGAAGUGGUUUGUGCAGUUACCAUCAGCAACCCCACAAGACAUGUGUACACCGGUGGGAAGGGAUGUGUCAAAGUCUGGGACAUUAGCCAACCUGGCAACAAAAGCCCCGUUUCCCAGCUGGACUGCCUGAACAGAGAUAACUAUAUCCGAUCAUGCAAAUUACUCCCUGAUGGCUGCACCUUGAUUGUUGGGGGGGAAGCCAGCACGUUAUCCAUAUGGGACCUGGCAGCUCCUACUCCACGUAUAAAAGCCGAGCUGACAUCAUCUGCUCCUGCCUGCUAUGCUCUGGCUAUAAGCCCUGAUUCCAAGGUCUGCUUCUCCUGCUGUAGUGAUGGCAACAUUGCAGUGUGGGACUUGCACAAUCAGACUCUUGUAAGGCAAUUCCAGGGCCACACAGAUGGAGCCAGCUGUAUUGAUAUAUCCAAUGAUGGUACCAAGCUCUGGACAGGAGGUUUGGACAACACAGUGCGAUCUUGGGACCUGCGUGAAGGGCGACAGCUCCAACAACAUGACUUUACGUCACAGAUCUUCUCUCUUGGAUACUGCCCAACUGGUGAAUGGCUUGCAGUAGGAAUGGAGAGCAGUAAUGUGGAAGUUCUACAUGUAAAUAAACCAGAUAAAUAUCAGCUGCAUCUGCAUGAGAGCUGUGUGCUGUCUCUGAAGUUUGCCUACUGUGGUAAAUGGUUUGUAAGUACAGGGAAAGAUAAUCUUCUUAAUGCGUGGAGAACGCCAUAUGGAGCCAGUAUAUUCCAGUCCAAAGAAUCCUCAUCAGUGCUGAGCUGUGACAUCUCUGUGGAUGAUAAAUACAUAGUUACUGGAUCAGGGGACAAGAAGGCUACAGUCUAUGAAGUGAUUUACUGAAAAUGACUGGGAUAUUAUUACUUUUUACAAAGAUUAUCUGGGCCAAAAUCUGCUUGCUUCUGUAGGAGUAGGAAGACUGUUCUAAGAAUAAAGGAUGUUCUUUUUUUUUUUAUCACGGAUAUUAAACAUUUUACCUGUGUAUAAAGAGUUGCAAACUGACUUUCUGAACCUCCUAUACAUAUGGUACAUAUGGAUAUAACUGCCUGGAACAAACUGAAGUCAAGAAUGGACAUCAAAUGUCUUAAUGUGUCUGCUGAAGAAUGUUUUGGGUUUUUUAUUAUUAUUAUUAUUAUUUUUUAAUCUAAUUUUGACCUCUUUUUAAUGACUCAUACAGAGAUGACAAAUGUUCUGAACAUGGGUAAUUUACCAGUUUCUUGAAAUACAAACUCCUGUACUUCGUAGAGAAAAGUUGUCAAUUUUUUAUUUUUGUUGAAGGUCAAGUAUUUGUAUAAAAUGUAAAUAUAUUUGGUUUCCUACAGUAAAGGCUUUAGUACCAACAACUUUUUUUUUUUUUUUUUUUUUGUAAUUGUGUCAAUAUGUAAAAUGAUGAUAUGGUGUAUAUAUAGAAUUUGUAAUUAACUAGUUUCCGAGAUUGUAGAAAGCUCAUCUACUUUUACUACACUGUAAUAGGUUUAGUCUAAUUGUGUGUGUUUUUAAAUAGCCUAUUCAUUGAUUUUCAUAUCUACUUAGUAUGCUGCAUAUUGACUUAUGCCCCUGUCUCUUAAAGCAGUGUUCUGCUGUCUAAAUCUGUUCUUAUAACGUGAUCAAGUUUACUUGCAGUAGGGUCUUCCUUGUUGAAUCCAAUAUUUUCAGGAUACUUUCUCACUGAAACCUGAGAAUUUUUGCUUAUCCUGAACUUGAACAAUAUCUCCUUGUGUAUAUACAAUUAAAUGUGUUUAAGAUUAUUUCAUAUGUACCUAUUCAUAUUAUUUUCAGAUUUGAUGUCUAUUUAGAUCGGUGUCUUCAUUUAUUGGCAUCUAAAUUGAAUACCUGUUAGGUUGUACAGUGCAUGGAAUCCUGUUGUGUUUGAAUUUGUAUAGUCUGCUCAUUAAUCCGUAAUAUAAGACUUUCCAUUGUGUUAGUUUUAUAUCAAUUCUAGUAUGCAGCGUAAGCCUUCUGUUACUCUAGUUUAGUUUAAUGUUGGUAUCGAGUAGAUACAUAUUAAACUAUGAUGCUCAGUUUAGAUGCGUGUAUAGAUGUCCACAUACAAAUCUUGGAACCUAAGCUUCUAUAAUAAUAUUGUGGGGGG